AUGGGCAACUGGAUAACCUCGACGUUCCUUCGAUUCGAUCAUCUUUUCCACCCAUCCGCCAAUCGCCGUUUUUUAGAAUUACCCAGAGGAGUCGAAAGUGCUUCUAACCGAGGAGCACCACUAUCUCUCGCCGUGGCCGCCGAAAUUGUCGCCUAUCAGAAUAUGAAACCGAGUCGACGCAAUGACAGUGACACAGAUUUCUCGGAUGAUGAUGAGGAGGGGGGAUCGACGACGUCUUCAGGUGGAUGCCCUCAGAUGACACCUCAAGAAGAGCAGAGAAUGUUCGAGAGAGAGCAGAAAGUCGCUUUCAGUGGGCGCUGCUUCAUUGGAGAUCCUGAAAGUUGCCAACAACUCCGCCGUGACAUCAACUCUCGAUGCCGCCCGUCGACGUCUUCUUGGAAUAAUCAGGCGAAUCUUCUGAAUCGAGACGUUCAAAAUAAGCAUUCGGUGAUGACGUCAACGACGAGAGCCCACCUUCUGAAUACACAUCUACCGAAUCAGAAGAGACGAGUCGAUGAGUUGAGAACUAAGAAUUUCUGUGCGCAAUACGUACAGAACGGACGGAAAAUGGUUGUUAGUAGUCAGGACGAGAAGAUUCGUUUCUAUCAGAAAUGCCCGGAGAAAUCGAAAUAUCGUUCGAAAUACGUGCAAUCGAAUGAGUUGCGUGUCGACCAUUGUAGUUGGUCGAUUCUCGAUACGGCAGUGAAUCAAAGCGGAGAUUUGAUAUGCUAUUGUACGUGGAAAGACGCUGUUUAUAUUGGACGAAUGGAGCAAGAGGACACUCAGAAUAUUAUAUGGUUCCCGAUCGAUUGGAAUGAGGAUGCCGGCCAAAAUCACUGCGCGGUGUUCUGUGUCCGUUUCUCGGCGGAUAGCGCACAAAUCGUGUGCGGCACCUCCGAAUACAGUAUCCACGUGUUCGACGUCGAACAACGUCGCCGAAUUCGAACGAUAGUCAACGCGCAUGAGGACGACGUGAAUUCUGUCUGUUUUGCGGACGUUGGAUCGAAUUUGAUCUACAGUGCGGGAGAUGAUGGAUUAGUGAAGGUGUGGGACAAACGUGCGUGGUCCGACGGUGACGUCAUCCCCGUCGGUGUGUUCGCCGGACAUCGGGACGGUGUGACAUACGUCGAUUCGCGGCAAGACGAACGGUAUCUCCUGAGUAACAGUAAGGAUCAAACGAUCAAAGUGUGGGAUCUGCGGAAAUUCUCGAGUCAGGACGGAGUGGAAGCUACACGUGCGUGCGUUCAGAGUCAACACUGGGAUUAUCGAUGGCAGCCGGCACCGCCCGGAUUGUGUCAAGCGGUCCAAGGGGACACCUCCGUGAUGACACUCAGGGGACACAGUGUCCUGCACACGCUGGUUCGAGCCAAAUUCUCUCCAGAGAACACCGGAAGACGAUACAUUUAUACGGGAUGUGCGAGAGGAGAGGUUGUUGAUAAGUACAGUAAUCGAUUUGUCCUGGAUCCAGGAUCUGGGGAUGGAUUCAAGAUUCUGGAUAUUGCUACAGUAACCCCAUCCAGGAUCUAUAUGGGACAUUGGAUCCUAGAUCUUGGAUCGGUAUACGACAUCGUGACGGGUACAGUAAGCCGCCGUCUGAAAGGUCAUCAAUCAGUGGUGAGAGAGUGUGAUUGGCAUCCACAAGAGAACGAGAUUGUCUCCAGUUCGUGGGACGGAGUGACUACCGUCUGGACAUGGGACGAACGAAUGGAAGGUGUCAUCGCCCCGUACGACCAUCCCCAAAUCUCUCAAUUCGGCGACGAAGACUCGUGCGAUGAACACUACAAACCAAUCAAACGCCAACCGACCAAAAAAUUGCGGAAAUUCGACCGCAAAUGCCCGCCGACGGUCGAAAAUUUGUGA